UUGAAAAGGAGCAGGGAGAUACUGAAUUCUUGUCUUGAUAAAGUGUCGGUUCCAGUACGUAGAUCCGCCGACCAUCACCUACAGCCGCUAUCACUUGACCGGCUCCCGGCUCCUGCCUCUAAGAAGCUGCUGAAGUCCAAAGAAGCCAUAGAGUCAUGGAGACCCAUAGUCGGAGUGUACAUUCACUCAAUUCACUGCGCAACACACCCGAUGCUAUGGACACUAUUGAAUCAGCGAAGCGACUUCGACUCAUGGUAA